GAGGAGUAACGAAUGCCUCAUGCAGACAAGCCAUAAUCCUUAGGCCUAUUCCCUACUGCAUUUUAACGCCGAUUAAAAAGAUGUUUAACACAUUCAAUGACAGGAUGUGAAGAAGAAUGUGUUGAAUAAAAGAAGGCCACACAGUGAUAAAAAUGAGUAGUAAGAUGAGCGAGAGGGCAUUGUCCUCUCGUCUGCUCCAGUACCAUAUGGACCUUACCCGUGUCAAAGACAGUUCCAGCAUACAUCUUGCCUCGUUAACAGUCAUUCAAGAAUUCCUGAAGAAUGACAAGAAUGGCAACAUCCGACAAAUGUUCCUGGACAAUGGACUUGUAGACUCUGUUUUAGUGACUAUCGAUUCAGCACUGGAUGACCAGUCAGAGCUGGCCUCUCUUGAUGUAGCUUUGAAAUGUCUGUGGUUUCUGUCACAACUUUCAAUAGGACCCUUGCAAAAUAUGAUAUCAGGUGACGUCAUGAGACGCUUGCUGUAUUUGUUGGAUGUCAAAGGAAGUAUUUAUCAUUUUACAUCAGAAUUUUCAAGAGCUUUUCAGCAGCUUUGUGAAAAUAGGCACCUGGUUGGGAAGAUCCAGACCAAACAAAUGUCUGCAGAAUUGCACUACGAAGUACACAAACUUUCAAAUCGGAAGCUAAAAUAUUUAGACAUGUUGCCAGAUAACCUAAACACUUGUUCAUUGUUUGACACCAGUGAUUCAGAUAUGGAUGUUAAUAUCACUGAUCACCUCCUUGAAAACUUCAAACAAUAUUCCUGGCCAAACAGGGCAGACAUCCAAGAGAAAAAAGAAGAUGAGAAAGAAUGGAAAGAUAUUUUUGUAUCAGAGGUCAUCGAUGGACCCUUGUUUUGGGCACACAUAGGCAUGUCAAACAUCGAAACAGUUCGCGACAUACAGAUGGCCUUAGCGACAGAAAAUCUCCGACCAACAAAAUGUAUUGCAGGUGACAUAGUUGUUGUCAAAAAGGUACUGGAUUCUGAUGAUUUGUCGAUUUACAUACGUGCCCGGGUCAUCAAGGUCGAUCAAUGGAAGGUCAAAGUUUGGGCUCUUGACUAUGGAUAUGAGAUGGAACUACCACAUGAUCAAGUGUAUGCCAUACCAGAUCAUAUUGGCACAAACAAAUAUCCUCCACAAAUAUCCUUGUGUAGACUUGCAGGAGUAGAGGCACCUCCUCGUCACCAGGUAAUUCCACAGCUGGCAGCCUCCAUACUCUGUAACAUCUGUCACAAAAGUAUUCCUGCAUGUGAGAUUUUAGCUCAGCAUGGUGGACUAGAAAUCUUGGAGAAAUUUAUACGUCAUUGUCCUGACCCAGGAACUAUCAUCCCUGUUCUGACACUGAUCACAAUCAUCUCCUUCCAUUGCAAGAUGUCCUCCAGCAUCUCAUGUAGCAACCUCACUGAAUGUAUUCUCGACAACAUGUCCAAAUUCAAGGACUAUCCUCCUAACACCCAAGAAGAACUGCUUGUUGCAAGCCUGAACGGUCUGUGUAAUGUUCUCUUUAAGAAUGACACGACCAGAGAGAAAUUCUACCACCACGAAGGUAUCAACAUCGUAAUGAGAAUCAUCCUACAGCAUGCCAAUGUCAAAGAUAGGAUUUACCAUGCUGGCACACAUCUUCUUCGUAUCUUUGUCCGCAAGAUAGACACAGAACAAUCAACGGUGGUCCAACGAAGGCGCUCAUUGGACAGACAGCGUAGGAAGAAAGCAUGCAGACCACCAAGUGGAGACAAGAAACAUCUGGACCCAAUGCUGAAGAAGUGUCCAAAUGAGUUUGCCAAGUUGAUGCAGUCGAGUAAAAUCGGAGUAGGAAACAAAGGAACCACAAAGUCGAGGCUGUACGAGACAGCCUGGUCUGACGAAUCUGAUGAAGAAAACGAUUCAUUCCUUGUCACACGCAUGAGAGAAGACCCAGAGGGCAGCAUCAGACCUGUAACAACCUGUGAUGCCGCACAUUACUACGGACAAUCAACAGACAAAACCUUAAUUCUGGGUUCUGAGGUGGAGUUUGAAAACGAUUCAACACAUGAACUAAGGCCCAAUAAAUCCAUCUUCAAGGUGUCUUCCGCCAUCAUAGCCAAGCAUGUGUGUGGCUUUCUGAACAGUGGGAAAGGAGGUAGCAUAUACUUUGGGAUCCGGAGUACCAUCCAGGGUGUGGAAUUGAAAAGAAAUGACCGUGAUGAAUUUCGACUUAGUGUGGACCGGAUGAUGUGUGACAAGGUCUCACCGUGUGUCCUUCACUCCAUGUUUGAUGUCAUUUAUACACCUGUUAUGGAACGUGACGAAAACACUGACACACUCGUGCCCAUCAAAGAUCACUUUGUUGCGGAGAUUAUCGUCAAAACUGUGUCCAAUAGCAUCAUGCACACAGUUAAAGGUGGUGAAUGUUUCUACAGAUUUGGAGCUCACACAUCACAGCUGUCUGCUCAGGAGAUGAGACAGCUCAUUAUUUUUGAAGAAGAGGAACUGUUUAUGGAAGAAAUCAAACAACUUUCCUUGGAACUGGAACAUUUGAAGUCCUAGUUAUACAGACGAAUAAUUUGUUCCUGUGUUUGUGUGUAAGAUGACUCCAUUACUGCCCACUGUCUACGUGUAAGGGAGAAAAUCAUAUCCCUGUCCAGUGUCUUUCAGAAAGGAGACAAUUAUAAAUUUGUACUGUAUCUAUAUGUAAGAGAGGUAAUUGCAUCCCAUCCUCAUUCAGCAUGCAUAGGAGAUGACAUAUCCAUCCUGUUCUGGAUCUGGUUUGUACAGGUAAUCAGUGAGUCCUUGAGGUUCUGUGUCCAUGUGAAAGGGUGAUACAUAUAUCACUGUCCU